AUUUUCAACAUUUUCAUUUUCAUAGGAAAGUGGGUGUUCGAUUCAAUAAAAUUACAAAAUUAAAUAAUUUUAUGCAAAAUUAGAGCUAUGAACUCAUGAAACAUAAUCAUGGAGGGAUUACCUUCUGGUGACAUUCAGGCCAAGUACCAAAAAUUAGCAGCUGAGUAUUCAAAGUUGAGGGUUCACGUGAAAGUAUUGAAGAAAGGAGUACUAGAUGAACAGGCUAAAUCAAACGAGCUACGAGAAACUUUGAAAGAGAAAGAGAAAACGUUACGGAAGGGUGAACUCGAAAUUGAUUCGCUAACGUUUAGAAACCAGCAACUGACGCGCCGCGUCUCCGUCCUUCAAGAUGAACUUGAUAGCCUGCAGAAUAAGUUAACAAAAAAGUCAAAAAGUAAAGGGGAAGAGAAAGCAGCUGCAACAAGUAAUCCACAAGGUUUAGAUGCAGGUCUUCUUCAGGAAGAGUUACAAAAGAAAAUCAUAGAAAAUGCCCAGUACGCUUCUCAGCUUUCAGAUAAAACAUUUGAAGUAUCCCAGCUUCAAGCUACAAUAGCCGACUACCAAAGGCAUAUCAGUGAAAGUGAGAGCAAAUAUAAGUGUGAUAUUGCUAAGUUAAAAAAUAAAAACCAAGAACUCCAGUUUGCUUUAGAAGACGUGCAAAAAGAGAGACUGGGAGUGGUGCCAAAGGCUCAGACUAGUAGUCAAGCUGCAAGCUGUAAUGGUGACUUCCUUUCUGAAGCUGGGAGCCUGGUUGGAAGCGAGGACGCGCUUAGUUCUGUAGAUGACUUAAAUGUCAACGAACAGCUCAGUACAAGGACACACAAUUUAGAACAGGAAAAUCAAAAAUUACGCAUGGAGUAUGAAUUGUUACAAAUGGAGAAUGAAAGUCUAAAACUAGAAAUAGGUAAAUACGUGUCCGCGUCGCAAAAGAGGAGAGGGGAAACUCACGACUCUGGAGACUUCAAUUGCUUCAGCGAAACUUCUGUAGACGCGGAGGGCAGGGUGACCGGCCUGCUGGGCAGCCUGCAAACGCCGUUCCUGGUGAGCCACGAGCUGCUGCAGCGCGAGGAGCGCCUGCAGGCCUACUUCCGCGCCAAGCUCAGCGAGCUGAGCGCGCAGCGGGACUCCCUCGAGAGCAAGACUGAGCAUUAUCUUAAAGAGUGCGAGACGCUUCGGCAACGAUUCGAAGUGAUGGAGCUGGAAAAAGAGGCUGACGCGCACACCAUACAGGAGAAACAUAACACCAUUAGCCGACUGGAGGAAGAGUUGCAGUCGACGUGCCGCAACUAUGAGCAGCAGCUGGGCGUGCUGACGGAGCACGUGGCCGCGCUCAACGAGCACAUCGCGCGCCAGCACGACCAGCUCACGCUGCUGAAGCAUCAGCGCGACACCAGGAGGAAGUAGCACAUCCCGAUACAGGUGCAAUUAUCAACCUGGCAUCGAUGAGCAUCACCUCAGUAACACAACUGACCCGAAAUUCUUUGACCGUUAUAAUAUUAUAAUACGAAACUUGUUAAAUAGCUUUUAUUCUUUCUAUUCUCGAGUUAUGUCAUAUAAAAAUUUUCAUUCCAGCCUAAAUAUUAUACCUACAGAGUACAGAUGCCCUAUUAUAAACUAACCUUGUUUUAUAGCAACAUUUAUCGUCACAAGAAAUUACUUUUAAGUAGGUACUAUUAAAAUGUUUGGUCACACAAGAAAGAGUGUUCACCAAAACGUGGUGGCAACAUGUUGCCAACCAAGAAAAAAGGCUAGUAAGUUUUGAUAAAACAAAUGUAAGUAUAUUAAGUCAAAAUAUGUUUAUUAGAAUACAUUUUUUCAAAAUUCAAUUUCGUUCUCGCAUUAUUUUGAAAAUAAAUAAUUAAUUAAAAUGUCCAGUAGAAGUAUAAGAAUAAUUGUAUAAAGAAACUUUCUCUGUACACAAAGCUGUUCAUAUUGUGUAAAUUACAUAAUUUAUUGUAAGAAAAAAUAGGCAAUAACAUGUUUUAUACCUAAAAUACAAAGUAUUUACAGUUUAAAUUGAUCUCCGAAUGAGAUUAAAAAAUUGCAACUAUAGGGUUGGCAAUCAUUAGUGAAAGAAUCUGUAUUUAUUAUUAAUUAUGUCUUCAUAUUUAUAGAUGGACUGUACACAUUUUUCUAUUCAGCCUAAGGGCCUGUGCAGACUAGAUGGACCACGAUGGACUAAGCGGGCGGCCCAGGUGGGAGCGGGUACGUCCUGCGGGGCGGGCAGCGUGUAGAAGUAAAGUUAAUAUAAUUUACAAGAAAUUGGAAGGAACGCGGACGUAUUCUAAUCGAGAGCGGCACGGAUAAUAUGGCAUUGCGCCCGCUUAGUCCAUCGUGCGUUAUGCGUUGGAACUUGUUCUUAGUAACCCAUGAUGUCCUCGGCGGACAGUCCGUAGUCUGCGCGAGCCAUAGUUGUUAUAAAAUGACACAUUUUAUUAUAAUAUUUCUGAGCAUUCCUACUAUAUUAUUAUGUGCAAGGCCUAAGUAGUAGUCAUUUUUUUUUUUUGUAAAUCGGCUAGUGAUUUAUUACUUCUAGAGUAAGGAAUUGAAGAUUUAAUAUUCUUGAGUGAAUGGAUUACUAUCACUGUAUGCCAUGAAUUUGUAGCCUAUAUUAUUAAAACUGUUUUGCAGAAAUUAAACUGCAACCAUAAAUGUACCACUUCAUACAAAAUCUUGUAACAGCCCUGUAUUUGUAAAUGAAAAAUGGAAGAAAUAAGUCGGACUGUAGGUUUUGAAUGAAUACUAAUUGACUGGCAAUAUUUAAUAGUAGGCUCACAGCAAUAUUAUGUAGAUAAGAGAUAUCCAGAAUUGUAGGACCUACUUUCUGUGAAAUUUUAGAUAAGUUUAAAAAGCUAGUGUUAUGUAUAUUAAACAUAAUUCAGUGAAAGUUGCAAGAGUUACGCUCGCUAUAAGAGAAACUAUUAUUUAAAUCUUGUAAUUAUUUAUGUGUAAAAAUCAAUUUGGUAUACAAAUAUUGUGUAUUUAUAAAUAUUAAUAAAUAGUUUUAAAUA